GUUCUGGGGAAGAUCCCGACCAUCUCCAUCAACAAGACGGACGGCUGCCAUGUUUACCUGAGCAAAGACUCUCUGAGCUGUGAGAUCAUCAGCGCCAAGAGCUCUGAGAUGAACGUCCUGGUUCCCAACAAGGACGGAGAGUUUACGGAGCUUCCUGUUCCGGAGCAGUUUAAGACCAUCUGGGAUGGUCACAAACUGGUUACCACAGCAACAGAGAUCGCAGGGUAGAUGGAAGCCACGCCUCCUGCCCCUCCCCCUGCUUUCACACUGUAGACUGAGAUUCAGAGCUCAUCAGUUAGCCCCGCCCUCCCCUCUUCACCAGCCAAUCACAGCUGCAGCUGUUCCUUUGUUAGCCAAUGAGAGGGCUACUCGCUCUCUGGAGUAGAUCCUCCAGCCAAUCAGCAGCGAGCAGCUCACCCUUUAGUUGGUACCUGUCUGGACACACCUGAGCUAAGCUGAGUGUGUAGAUUAGAUCUUCUGCAGCCAAUCAGGCGCCUCCGUCAGGAUGCUUCACUUCCUGUUUCAUUCUCUACGACUUCCUGCUGAAGAAACGCAGGACAUUCCUACAAGUUAGAAACAUUCCACCCCCCCGACCCCCCCUGACCCCCCAUCUGUAAAAAUCUUUAUUUUCUGGGUCCAGAAGCAGAACUGGGUCCAUCAGAGCUGAGAAUCAAUAAAAAGUUGCAAUAAGA